CUGGGGCGGGCCGAGCAGUGCACCAAGCAGCUCCCAAAUCCCAGCAACGCAAAGCGAAUGGCAUUGCGUGAUAAUUGCGAGAUGUUGUUGCGUGCAGCAGACGUGAAACUGCAGUUGGUGCAUGUAGUCGACAUAAGCUCAUAACCUUGGAGCAAGGCUGUCAGCGAUAGGGACACAUUUCCGGAAGCAUCCUAACAAGGUGAAGUGGAAGCCUAGUGAGUAAAUGGACAGUGAUCGAAGGAGGCAGCGUCAGGCAGGCAGCAGCUCUGACGGCACAGAAGAUUCAGACUUUUCUGCUGAUCUGGAUCAUACAGAUAGCUCUGAGAGUGAUGGACAGCCACGCAGAUCUACCAGAUUAACCAGGUCUUCAUUACGGAAUAGCCAGAGUUCUCAAGAUUCCAGUCCAGUACGCCAGAUACCGUCGUAUGCCUCGGAUGAACCUGCUUACACCACAAGGAGGGUGACACGUAGCCAACAACAGACAACUCCAGUUACACCGAAGAAAUACCCUCUGCGACAGACUCGCUCCUCCGGAUCAGAAACGGAACAUCCAGUUGAGUUUUCAGACAAAGAUACCAAAACUGCAGUUGACCACGAUGAAUCUCCCCCACGUACUCCUACAGGAAAUGCUCCAUCAUCUGAGUCUGAUAUUGAUAUUUCCAGUCCAAAUGCAUCGCAUGAUGAAAGCAUAGCAAAAGAUGCUUCUAUGAAAGACUCUGGAAGUGACCUUUCACACAGGCCGAAGCGCCGACGUUUUCAUGAGAGUUAUAAUUUCAAUAUGAAGUGUCCUACUCCAGGCUGUAAUUCUUUAGGCCAUUUGACUGGAAAGCAUGAAAGGCACUUCUCCAUAUCUGGCUGUCCAUUGUACCAUAAUCUAUCUGCAGAUGAAUGUAAGGUUAGAGCUCAGCAACGUGAAAGGCAGAUUGACGACAGAGCAUUAUCACAGAGACAAGAUGAAAAUAACAGACAUGCAACCAGACAUCAGGCUCCAACAGAGAAACAAUUGAGAUACAAGGAAAAGGUGGCAGAACUUAGGAAGAAACGGAAUUCGGGAUUGACCAAAGAGCAAAAAGAAAAAUACAUGGAGCACCGACAGUUGCAUGGAAAUACAAGAGAGCCCCUUUUGGACAAUCUUACAUCUGAUUUUGACUUGGAAUUAUUCCGUAAAGCUCAAGCACGUGCCUCAGAGGAUCUGGAGAAGUUGAGGUUGCAGGGGCAAAUUACAGAAGGCAGUAACAUGAUUAAGACCAUUGUGUUUGGUCGAUAUGAACUGGAUACCUGGUACCAUUCUCCAUAUCCUGAAGAAUAUGCUCGUCUAGGGAGGCUAUACAUGUGUGAGUUCUGUCUUAAGUACAUGAAAAGUCAGACCAUCCUUCGGAGGCAUAUGGCAAAAUGUGUAUGGAAGCAUCCUCCAGGGGAUGAAAUCUAUAGAAAAGGAAAUAUAUCAGUAUUUGAGGUAGAUGGGAAGAAAAAUAAGAUCUACUGCCAGAACCUAUGCCUUCUGGCUAAGCUAUUUUUGGACCACAAGACAUUAUAUUAUGAUGUAGAACCUUUCUUGUUUUAUGUGAUGACAGAAGCUGAUAAUACAGGAUGUCAUCUUGUUGGAUAUUUCUCCAAGGAGAAGAACUCAUUCCUCAACUAUAAUGUGUCAUGCAUUUUGACAAUGCCACAGUAUAUGAGACAAGGAUAUGGAAAAAUGCUUAUUGACUUCAGCUACUUGUUGUCUAAGGUAGAAGAAAAGGUUGGUUCCCCAGAGCGCCCGCUGUCAGACCUGGGGCUCAUCAGCUACCGCAGCUAUUGGAAGGAAGUGUUACUACGUUAUUUGCACAACUUCCAGGGCAAAGAAAUUUCUAUUAAAGAAAUAAGUCAAGAAACUGCCGUCAAUCCUGUGGAUAUUGUCAGCACCCUUCAGGCGUUACAGAUGCUGAAAUACUGGAAAGGAAAACAUUUGGUUUUAAAACGACAGGAUCUAAUAGAUGAGUGGCUGGCCAAAGAAGCAAAGCGGACAAAUGGAAACAAAACCAUAGACUCCAGCUGUUUGAAGUGGACACCACCAAAAGGAACUUAGUUGGUCAUUGUUUCUAUCUCAGCAAAAGGCACCUCAUUGUAACAGCUAGUGAACGCAAAGCAGAAGAUCCAAUAGCAAGUCUUUAGCCUUACCUCUGUUUGUCCUGCAGAGGGCAUAGUAAAGCGUACUACCCCAGCAAAUAUAGAAUUGUGCUUUUAUCCCAUUUGUUGUUUGUGGUAGCAUUUCCAACAAUGCAGCUUGACAUGUAUUGUUAGGAGAGACAAAUGGGCUUGAAAUUUAUAGUUGUACAAUCUGAAAUGUAUCAAAACAAUCACAGACUGUCAUUUUUGUUUGUUUAAACGUUGGUGUUUUUAAAAUUUUCUCUGAAAUGUUCAGCUUUAAUCCGGAAGGUAAAAGAUUUUUAUAUGUCAAAGAUGAAUAAAUAAGAGUGGUGCAAUCCCUGUUUGGAUUUUCGAGAGAGUAUUUGUUUGAUAUGUCACUUCAUUUUUUUUAAAUAUUAAGUAACACUGUUCUUAAUUUGCCCUUUGUUUUAAAUGCUCGAAUUGCUCUUUAAAAAUCAAUGGGUUUCAUGAAUUGGUACCUUUUCAGAAUGGUUGGAAAACAGCAGGGUGGGUAGAACACAGUAUUCUCUCCUUUCAUCAGCCUGAGAAGCUAUUACUAGUUUCAUCAGCGUGGCAGUCACCUUCAACUGAUGUACUGUAAAUGCCAUUCAUAUUUGUAUGGAGGCUACUUGUCAGAUUCUGUGUAUUUUUCAUGAGAUGGGUGGUAAAGUAGAAUCUUGUAUUCAAGAUGGGGAAUGUACUUCAUAACUUCCCCAAAAAUUUACCUUGUUGUACCAUAUUACAUUUUUUUUAAAAAGCACAACUUAAGGCAUAAUUUUAUGUUCAAAACUCACACACAACUCUUUGACUUCAAUUCAAUUUAACUCAACUUUUCAAUUCAACUCUUAUGAAGCCCUUGGGAAACUGAUGUAAUAUCAGAGUGGUCAUCCUAACAUAAUCAGUGGGAGGGAAUGAAAAAUGGGAAGUUUGACUAUUGUUAAUAACAUUCUGCUGUGUAUCAAUGUAUACCAUUGUCCUGACUUAGUAAACACAACUGGUUAGAUUUAAUAAGCACUCCAUCCUUCUUUACAAUUCCUUAAUUGAAUAUGUAUAUUAUAGGCAAAUUUAAAAUGUUUAAAUAGUAAAAACAAAUCUCAAUCCAAAUGAGGGAAUGCAUGUUAUAUAUGUGGAGCUUUAUAUUGGAAAAAUAUUGUUGCAGAAAAAACUGGUUUUGCUGGUGAGGGUAUUGAAUGGUUCAUGAGAUUUCUAUAAAACUGGCCCAUUUUACUCUUUUAAAGAUAUAAACUUUUGAGUGGAGCUGUAUUUGGUAUUGUAGUACGCACAGUUGUCACGUGGUGUCUUAACACUCUUUUAAAAGUUAUAUCACUGGCAGCUAAACUUAGCGCUAAACUUAGCACUAAACAAAAGCUUGGCAUCUUUGUAAAUGGAGCCUUGUUUAGUCUGAAUAGAAGGGUACCUGUUUCACCCUUUAGAAUUGAACCAAGGUACGCAAUUAGUCAGCUGACAUUGCUGUGCCAAAGUUAGAGUUGAGGAACAUUGCUUAAUUACUUGUUGUACCAAAUGUGAUGUAAUGCCUUCUGUACCUGCUUAUAAAUAAAGCAUGUUGUACAGUGUGUUUUCAA